GUCAGCUGACGAUGACAUGUUUCUUUUUUUUUUUUUGGAGUCAGAGGCGAUUUAGUGGCUCAUGGUUCAUUUAUUGUUCUGAACUCCGGAGUGAAAUCACAGUCGAUGACCGCAGAGUCUCCAACACGGGACGAUCACCCAGAAACACUGAGCCUUGUAGCCGAGUCACUGUGUCCGCAGCUGCGCUUGAGAUUCAUGAAGCUGUCGCUACUAUGCGUUGUUGUUGUAUGAAAUAAACCAGAGAGGGAAUUAACGAGAGAAGGCGGAAAUCUGUUGUUGUCGAUACACCAGCGAUGCCUCUCUUCGCGACCAACCCAUUCGACCAAGAUGUGGAGAAAGCAACCAGUGAGAUGAACACAGCUGAGGACUGGGGCCUCAUUCUGGACAUAUGUGAUAAGAUAGGGCAGUCACGCACUGGACCCAAAGAAUGUCUCCGCUCUAUAAUGAGAAGAGUGAACCACAAGGAUCCUCAUGUUGCCAUGCAGGCGCUGACUCUUCUUGGUGCUUGUGUCUCAAACUGUGGGAAGAUUUUCCACUUGGAGGUGUGCUCCAGAGAGUUUGCCAGUGAAGUCAGUAACGUCUUAAAUAAGGGCCACCCCAAAGUGUGCGAGAAGCUUAAAGCCCUCAUGGUGGAGUGGGCAGAGGACUUCCGCAAUGAUCCUCAACUUAGUCUCAUCUCAGCAAUGAUCAAGAAUCUACGUGAGCAGGGUGUUACCUUUCCUGCAGUGGGGUCCCAGGCUGCAGAGCAAGCAAAAGCAAGCCCUGCUUUAGUGGCAAAGGAUCCAUCCACCUCAACAAACAAAAAAGAAGAGGAAGACUUGGCCAAAGCUAUUGAGCUGUCGCUGAAGGAGCAACGUCCGCAGACGUCCUUGUCGAGCCUUUACCCGAGCACCUCCAACCUGCUCUCCUCGCACAAAUCAGAUGGCAGAAAAGUUCGCGCCAUCUAUGACUUUGAGGCUGCUGAGGACAACGAGCUCACCUUCAAGUCUGGAGAAAUCAUCACUAUCAUGGACGACAGUGACCCCAACUGGUGGAAAGGGGAAACAUAUCAGGGAGUGGGGCUGUUCCCUUCUAACUUUGUCACAGCUGACCUCACUGCGGAGCCUGAGAUGAUGAAGACAGAGAAGAAGACUGUACAGUUCAGUGAGGACAUCCAGGUGGAGACUAUAGAGCCUGAACAAGAGCCUGUAUAUAUAGACGAGGACAAAAUGGACCAACUACUGCAGAUGAUCCAGAGUGCAGAUCCCACAGACAACCAGUCAGACAGCGUCGAGUUAUUACAGCUUGAAGGUGCCUGCAAUCAAAUGGGACCUCUCAUUGACCAGAAGUUGGAGGAUAUAGACAGGAAGCACUCAGAGCUGUCAGACCUGAAUGUGAAAGUGAUGGAAGCUCUGUCUCUGUAUGCCAAGUUGAUGAAUGAGGAUCCAGUUUACGCCAUGUAUGCCAAGCUGCAGAGCCAACAGUACUACAUACAGCAGCCCGCUAAUGUAGCACAACAGGUAUACCCUGGUCAGCCUGCAUCAGGUUCAUAUGCCAUGAGUGGUACUGCAGUGCAGGGUUACACUGUUCCCAUGGAGCAGCUUCCUGCUGGAAGCUCCAUACCUGGACAGCCAGCUCCCAGUGAUGUUCAUAUGUACAUGGGCCAGCCGCCAGUCUACACUGCUGCUCCAGGCAGCAUGGCCCCAGCAGACAUUCACUACCACAACCCAGCUGCCGCCCCUGGUCCCGCCCCAGGAACGACUCCCACAGGCAUGACGCAGACGCCAAACUACAGCCACCCCUCCGGCCCAAGCAUAGCACCUUCCACAGACCCCGCACAGGCCCCCUACUCAGAGAAAGCCUUGCUAUAGGGCCCCCUUUGAUCACUGUUAUCCUCACACGCAAACACAUACAUGCACCAGACCUGAUCAAAUAGUGGUCUGAGAUUUCUUUUAUUAGAUUUUAUGAUUUGUUUUAUCAAGAAACACCAGAUGGAUGGAAAAUACAAAUAAGAGUAGACUAACCUUUGAUUUGAAGAACUCACCCCAAGUCACACUUGGUCUGAAAAUGGACUCUCGCUCUUCUCCUACGUGUCUUCACCUGAUUUGGAGGAGACACGCAGGAGCUUUCAGUUGCACUUAUUUAAUUUCUCAAUGUCACUCAAACCUCUUGUUGUCAAAUCUAGAUCUAAUAGCAAUAUAUGCAUUGUCUAUUUUCACGUACAAGACCUGGCAUUAACCAUUUCCUUGUAGUGACAGGACUUUUGAAAAUUUGUCGUAACAAAUCAAGUUAUUGGUCUGUAUUUUUUUAUAAUUUCUUUGGUAGUUUCCUGGAAAAAACUUUUAACUUUGUCCUGAUUAAUCUUUGCUAGUUUAGUUGAAUUCAUUGUUAGUUAUUGAUCAAUUCCUGUGGAAAACUAAACAUAUUCCUCAUACUGUGCACAGGUUUUGGAUUGUAUGAUUUAAGACUAACCCUCACAUUUUUGCAUGUUCAGCUAGUCUAUAGUGUAAUUCAAUUCUUUAGGUCACACUAGCAAUUCAUUUUAAUUGAUUUAACAGGUGAACCAGUUUCUAUAGUGUUUUAUCUUUGAUACCAAAUUCCAGAAACUUUCUAGGAAAUUAUUAAGAAAUAACAGACCUGUUGAAUAAAGCCUAACCAAAUUGUUUUGCGAUAACAAGUAUAACUGUAACUACUUCAAUCUAACAACACAAUCCACAUGCAAGCAUCAUUUAAAAUAAAUCACACAGGCAUUCCUUCAUGCACACUGGACCUGCACACUCCGAUACCCACACACUACAGGCAGGUGUACAGCAGUUACACACACAGCGAUACACUUGCAGCACUUGGCUCACACAUCAUCAGCCGUACUUGAUGAUUUACCUUCAUUCUCACACUAACAUGGAGAUAAAUCCACACGCCACAGCCUUCUCACCAACUUCAAUCAAUUGUAGUGCUAAUCACCUCACAAAAAAGAGUUGACUUCCAUUAACUUGCUUUUUCUUUAAAUAUCAGAAAAUGGAUGUUUAGCAAUGCUAAAAAAAAAAAAAAACCCGUCAGGCUACUACACUUUUGUAUAUGUUGUCAAUUUUAGAAGUACUGAAAACUGAAGCCACUUUGUUUUUGGGAUGGAAAAGAAACGAGAGGAAUUCAAGCAUGCACAUGACUCUUGUAUAUACUGUACUGAACUGGUAGUGAAGCCACGUGAUGACCUCAUGGGUGGGAUGUCUGUUAAAACAGCUCUGGGUGGUUUCGCUUAAUCUUAAAGGGAAACUCUGCGGUCAUAUGUCACAGAUUAAUGAAAAGGUGUAAAAGCCAAAGAGAAAAAAAGUGCGGAAAAAAAUACCCACAUGCUAGAAAAAUACAAGAUAAUUUUCUUUUUUCUUUCAGUGACUCCUCACGUUAUGCUGCAGAGUUUCUCUUUUUUUCACUCCGUCUCCGUUCAGGAGCUGUAGUAACAGACUCGUACCACAGACUUCAAAGGGGUGAACUCUCUGAACCUCUUCAGUGUAAUUGAAGCAUCUCUUUAGUCAGUGUUGAAAAAUGAAUACGAUGGAGUUUUUUUUUUUCUUUUCUAUUUUGUAGUGCAUUUUAAUUAUGUUUUGAUUAUUGUUAAGCUAUUUUAAAUGGAGAAUCAGUGCAGGAUGUAUCUAUUCAGAGAAAAAUGGAGUAACUGAUAUUCUGCUGAACUUAGUUGUAUAUUUAAAUGGCUCACACGAGAACAUGGAGACUUCUCUCUUUGUUUGAUACAUGCUUGUCGUACCGUAGGGUCAAAUGGUAAUGUGAAAACUGAUCAAAACUCCCUUCCGCAUGCAUCUCAGACCUCUCAUAACUUACAGCCAUCUAACACUAAAACAGACCCUACCAAAACACUAAAACAGACCCUCCGCCGAGGCCCAACAGUCCUUGUUAAUUCAACCAAGCUGCGCCGACACACUCAUAGAUAUCAGUUUUCUUUAAAUAUGCUUGAUGUUUUUUUUUCCUCAUCAAGAUCAAUGAACAAAACCAAUUUGCAGUUACAAAAAUCGAACUUCCUUGGCGGAGGGGAUCAGGCUUAAGAUCCUGGACAAGCACGUUCAAGAUUUGUAAACAUUUUUUAACCAAAGUCUCCGUAAGCUAUCGGUAACAGUGCCACUCUGAGGGAUAGCGCAAAUGUACAAAGUCUCCUUCUCAUACAUUUAUAUACGGCUCAUUUAUGUGGAUUUUAAAAUUCAAAAUUCAUUGGAAAAGAGUUCAUUUUUACUGGAAACGAUUGGAAUGCAAAAAGCUAAUGAGACUGGGAAAUGAUUAAUGUUGUUGUAUAAUAUCUAACGAUGCUAAAUGAAGUUAUAAAUCUGUUUAACCAGAUGUCCCAUUUGCCAGAUGAAUUCAAGUGCUGUAAAUUUUGUGUUAUUUCAAUUUCUCUUGAGGUCCUACGUUUCAAAUGUGCUGCUUCUUGUCAUCCCUGUGCCGCCUUAAGAAUCUAAAACAACCCGCAGCUCAAAUUCUCGGUGCCUGGGACUUUGCGAACAAGACGUCAUUUUAUUCUGCAGACCUUGAUUUUUAGCGUUAACUUAUUCGAUUCAAAGAUAAAGAAUCCCUUUAUUUGCUGCCUUCAAUGCUCGAGUGAAAUAGUGUUAAUCUUUAGGAUCAAAUAGGGUUCAACAAUAUCGAAGUAGCUGCUGUUCUGGGACCACGGUAGCAGGAGCCAGUUCGUCAUCACACAUUAUCCUAAUGUAACAUGUUGCACCACAGUGUCUGCAGCCCCGAUGAUGUACAGGAUUGAGAUGCUGCCUGUUUUUAAGUUUGAAACCGACAUUAUUGUAAAGGUUCUGUCUAAACUUGUAUCCUGCUGUUUGUAUGUAUUAUUUUAAUCAUACUUAUUAAAUUGGUAUUCACAAUAAAACCAG